UUAUAGUCUUGCAUAUGAAACAAAAAACUAAUUCAAAAGAAAUUAACCGAACCGUCAGUUUUUUUAAACUACAUUACCCAGAAUGCAACAACAGAUUUGUCGCCGUUUUUUUUACUCUCGCGGGCUUUGUUUUGAUAUGGCGGCAGCCUUCGAAACUUCUGUCUGUUGUUGUUCUUUUACUGCAGUGAGACCGCUUUCCUCCCAUGUUACAGCGAGUCCUGCUUGAGACAGCGCGGUCAUCAUGUCAUCUCCAGCCGGGCUUCAGUUCUCCCAAUCCGACUUCUUGGCACGGUGGAUACCAAGUAGCGCCAGAGCCGGGGUGAUCCUCAAUCCCUGCCCGGACUUGGCUGGCUCCUUGCGCCACACCUCCAUCGUCGGAUCUCCGUCUCUGGAACCAGACGACUCAUUUUCCUCUGACUUCGCACCUCUGCCCGCCUCCGCAGACAGCAGCUGCUUCGCUGUGGAUGGAUUUGCCCGGUCACCUGCAGCAGAGAGGGCUGGGACUGACAGGCAUAUGAACGGUCUGUCCUCUGUGCCUCCAAGAAAUUCAGAUGGAGAGUUGGAUAGUUUGGAUGAGAUGGCAAGCAAAUCCCAGGAUCUGCCUCUGGCGAUGAAGCUAGAACAGUUGAGAAAAUGGCAGCAGCACAUGCAGGAGCAGCUAAAAGCCCAUCAGCUGGAGGAGCUGCUUCGACUCCAGGAGGAGCAGCAGCAGCUGCUGGGAAUGAUAAAUGGAUCCCAGGACUGCACAGGAGAUCACACCGAGGGUUCAGGGCAGUCAGAAGCAGAAUUGGGGGAGAACUCACUCCAGGGAACCUAUCCUCACACAGAGACCCUGUACAGCCCCACCAUAAACUGCAGAAGGGGUCCAAAGGGCUCCCCCUAUGGCUUCCGACAGGAACAAGAGCUGUCACCAGUAGGGAAACAGCAGCGGCUACCGGGAGGUCAAGAUCAUGAGAAGGAUGAGGAACAGGGCACGUGGAACUCCAGAGAAAAUGAUCAGGAACAGAGUAUCGAUACCAGCCAUUAUAACAAGCAUGAUGACUCAUUAAUACCAAGUAGUGGUAUGGCUUUGACUGAAGACAACAGCAGAAAAGAAGAUACUGUCUUCCAUGACAGACCUAUCGGGGGUCAGAAGAAGACAUUUGAGGAGUUGGUGGAGGAGCAGCUGAGGCUGGAAGAGCAGAGGCUGAAGUCUGCCCGGCAACAGCAGAGCCGAGACGGAUCUGAAGCUCUUCCCAAGAGGGCCUUUCUGAAGCGAGGCGAGGGUCUCUCAAGAUUUACCAACAAUCGCCAAGCCUCAUUACCAAAAAUGGAGGCGAAGAAGGACAAAUCUCAACUCCCGGCCAGAGUAAUCUCCCGCAGCAACUCAGAGCCUGUCGCUAUCCUGAGAGGUUGCACAAACGUUGUCCAGCAGCUUCCCUUCCAGCGUAAAACUGCCACACUUAACAAGGAAAACCAUCCAAGAGGUCCAAGUUCGCCGCCUCAGGACAUCAAAGCUAGUAAGGCAGCACAUACGAAGGUUUUGGGUAGUCAUCAAAGACAGAACACAAAAGGAUCAGUGUCUGUUCAAACGAACCCAGAUGGUAGACAAACCAGACAACAUCAACUGGGACAAGUAAAGGAGCCGAAUAAUAGGAAAGUGGGUCUAUCAGCUCGGGCUGCGAGGACCCCUGGUCACAACAUGCAGCCGAACCCUGUAACAAAACAGGUGGGCAUGUUAAGAGGGCCAGAAAAGACUGAACAUGAUGCAGCUGGAGAAAAAAGUUGUGGUUCAAGAGUGGAAUCAAGAGAAGGAAGAAAGGGGUCAGACAGAGGAGGAGGAGGAGGAGGAGGAGACGAAGGUCCACAGAAUUCGUUUGAGUUGUCGUUUCAGGAGAAGCUCCAGCACUGGGAGUGUAACCGACAGUUGGAAAGCAUGGAGCUGGGGGAGUUUGAGCUGCUGGAACAAGCAGCCGAGGAGUUGUCUUUCUCAUCCAACUCGUCCUUUGUCAUGAAGGUUCUUCAGAUGGACCAGCAUCAUCGGCACCUGCAGGUUGCCAAGGGGCUCCACCAGCGACGGCUCUCCUCUACCCCCAUUAAGUCACCUCCCAAAGGUGCACUUCAGAGGUGCAGUAGUGUUGGUAGUAUUGGUGGUUUGGCUUGUAAAAGCAGUUCCAUGAACUCAGAAGCUUCUGUGGUGAAGAUGAGAGACGAUGCACUCAAGAACAAAGUGGGAAUUGAGGAUAAGGAGGAAGAGGACAAGCACGAGGACUCUGAUGUUUCAUUAUCCUGUGGUGGCUCUGAAUUUGAAGAUCAGGAAGUGGCGGUCACACCACCUUUGUUUCCCAGCACUCUUUGCUUUCCUGCACACUCUAACCCGCCAUACGACAAGCGGUCGUAUCAGGACGAAGACAGUUGCAGGGAUUCAGCUUCAGAUGUGACACAAGCUGAUGAUGGGGAGAGUGACAGCGUCCUCAGCAAUGCUGACGAGUCCACUCUGAUAGAGGACAAAGAUAGACAGCAGGGUGGAGUAGUGUUUGAUGACAAUGACACAUGGAAUGACCUGGAGGACACUGCAGUUGACACAGCCGAUGACAGUCGAGGAGUUUGUCCAGUUUCCAAGGCAACAGCCAAUGAAGUCUCGCCACCAGAGCGAACUCUGCUUAGGAAGGUGGCAGUGAGUAAAGUUGUGGGUCUGGAUAAGGGCACAGUUAUUGGUUCAGCUAAUCAGGAGCCAGAUCCUCCUCCUUCUCCUCCUCCUCCCGCCUCCCAGCUCAUGACGAGGUUGUUCCCCUCGCUGAAGCCGAAGGCCCAGAAUGCACCUCUCCCCCCUCCCCCUCCUGCUGCUUCUGUUGCUCCAGAUUCCAAAAAGCCAGAGGUGGAGACAGGCCAGCAGGUCCAGUCUAGAAUGCUGAGGGAGAGACUGGUUGAGCUGGAGAUUGAGAUCGAGAGAUUUAAGAAGGAGAACGCUGCCCUUGCAAAACUCAGACAGGAGAACGAGAAAAAUCAGGAAACUCUCAGGAAAGAACGUUUGGAGUUUGAGCAGAUGAAAACAGAGGAGCUUGCCAAGUUUGAGGAGUACAAGAAGGAGGAGAACAAGAAGUUGCAGAAAGAGCGCAAACUGUUUGAGAAACAUGCGUCAGCCGCCAGAGCCAUGCCCGACAAAAAGGAACGAGAAGAAAUCCAGGUGUUGAAGCAGCAGCUGAGCUCCCUGCAGGAGGAGCUGAGAGGGAGGGAGAGUCGCUGGGCCUCCACACACAGCCGGCUGAGGCAACAGAUCGACUCCCUCAGCCAGGAGAACAGUUCUCUCCGGGACGAGAUUCGUAUGUUGGAAAAGCUCCGCCUCAGUGCCUGGAAGAAAAACCCUGUCAAUGCAGAGAUGGACAAAGAAACCAAAGACUGUCCCAAAAUGUUUGAAAACAAUGUGUCAUCUGUGACCAAAGGAGUGAAAUUCGCUAGUCCUCUCGACUCCAGAGGAAACGGCAGCAGCAGCCCUCCACAGAGCACGACUGCUGCAGCCAUGAGAAGGGGCUCCAGGGAGAGCAGUCAUGGUGCUACAGCAGGGAUAAAGAGCAGCCUGAGGAGGCCAUCUGGGCCAGGCUCCACUUCCUCAUCCUCCUCUUCCUCCUCAUUGCCUGGCAGGAGGACAGAGGAGAGGUCAACACCCGCCAGCAAGAGUAAGGACAAACCUCCAAACCAAGAGCACAGCACACACAUCUGCUCUCCGAAAGGAGAUUCUCUGUCAAAAGACCCAGAGAGCAGUGAGGCCAAAGAGCAAGAAUCAGCUCAGGAGGUUAUCACACACCCAGAUGGGAAGAUAGAGAAGGUUCUGGCCGGUGGCGAUCGCAUUAUUGCGUUCCCCAACGGGACAAAGAAGGAGAUUUCAGCAGACGGACUGAUGGUCAAAGUCACCUUUUUCAACGGAGACACUAAACAGAUCACAGCCGACCAGAGAGUGAUCUACUACUACGCUGAGACCCAGACUACACACAUCACCUACCCAGAUGGCAUGGAGGUCCUGCACUUCCCCAACAACCAGACUGAAAAACACUUCCCAGAUGGCCGUAAGGAAAUCACUUUCCCGGACCAGACUGUCAAGAACCUGUUCCCCAACGGCAGGGAGGAGAGCGUGCUGACAGACGGGACCAUCAUACAAGUCAACCCGGACGGCACCAAGGAGAUCCAUUUCAACACAGGCCAGAAGGAGAUCCACACGGCCGACUACAAGAGGAGGGAGUAUCCGGACGGUACCGUGAAGACGGUCUACACCGACGGCAGGCAGGAAACCUGCUACCCCACCGGACGGCUCAGGAUCAAAGACAAAGAUGGCAAUGUCAUCGUGGACAACAGGCCGUCUUAAUGAGAACUCUAAACCUUUCAUGGUUCCCAAGGCUAAUUUUUGAGAAAACCCAGAAUCACUUGUCUUUCUUGCUCCUCUCUGCUCCACGGGGAGGUCAAAGGUCAGCUGGUUAGGAUUUAGUCCAGCCAAAAUCAGAGGCAGAGCUGCAGCUGAUAGUCCACAGUAAAUGAGUGUGAGGAAGUCAUAAGCCUUUUUAAUAGCAUUUUAAUUCCAUGUAUUUUUUGUUAUAAAGUGAGAAAGUUGAUCCUCCUUCUUGAUAGAACUCUUACAGGCACAGCAUACCUGCACAGGUGAUUUCACUUAUCCUGCACUAAUAGACCUUUUUCAUGUCAGACAUUGUGACUUGUAGCAGGAAAAAGCACCAGUUAAAACAAACUUCCUGAACAGAGGCUCAGUUCCAUUAAGCGUUACAUACCUGAGAUUUUCCUUCUACGACUGCUGUGAAAAAGGUGUAAUUUACCCCACCUUGGCAGGCGCAACACAGCUCACAGCUGAGCAAGGUGGAUGUCAAUCGAACACAGUGCGUACAUUCCCGCUCACUCUUGAAGCUGCAGUCAGAUCGGAUUUUGCCUUGAAUUUACCGUGGCAAGCAGCAGGCGGGUACGGGCAUAAACAUAAACUGCAGCAGCUAGCAUGUUAACAGUAUCAGUUGUGAAUUAUACAGUAUUUUCACUACAGUCAAACAGCAGCCCUCCUUCCCUGCUGCUUUUAUUAUUUCACUGUGCACUUAGACAACAAGAAUAUAAACAAACAGACUUACUGAAUGGCAGGAAAUUCCCACUCACUCUGUAGAAACAAGCUCGAGCCUUGUGACUGUGCCAAAGUUCAGUCGGGUGGAAUUUGGUGUGAAGCGAAAGAGGCAACUACAGACAAAUUCAUCUCUAGUCCACUUACAAAUGAAUGGGAUGCAAAAUCCGGUCAGUCUGCAGCAUAAGGGCUCCAUUCAUUUCAAAUAAGUGAACUCACCUUUGUUGGUGUGCAGGUCCUUUAAGAGAAACAGCCUGUUUAAAGUGACUCUUAGCUGCUAUACCUUCACUCCUUCUGUCUGUCUGUCUGUCUGUAACAUGCAAUGUGUGUUGCCCCUCUCCUCAUAAAAGGUACCCUGUGGAGUUUCCUUAAAUACACUGUUUUACAUUCAGUGUUUCUUGCCAAAACACUUCAUAUGUAUCCCUGAAGUCUAACUAACGUGCUCAAGGCAUUCCCUUCCCCAGGAAUCAUUUGCAAUGCAGAUGUUAGAAUAUUUUUAACCCUGCAUUAUUUUCUUCCAUGUUUAUGUGAUUGCAGUCUUCAACUUCACUGCCUUUGUGGAAACAUUGCUACGUGUAAUAGUGUGAAAUAAGCAGCAGGAAUGUGUGUCAUACUAUGUACUUGUGUGCAACCUUACAAACAAAACAUAUCUCAUAGUGCUACUAGUGGUUCAAAAUGCUGCAGGAUACCUUUCAGACUAAAGCAGUUGCAUCUUGUUACAUGGGGGUUCCUGCUUUGUUUGUUCUUGUGAACAAGGACACACAGGUUACACUAUUCCACCGGUCUACAGGUUGUGGUAAUGCAGCAAGGGAUGUAGCAAUGUGCCGACACAUUAACAUGGAUGUAAACAAUGCAGGUAUCAAACAGUUACAAAGAGGAUGUUUGCAAGAAAACUCCACAGAGCAUCUUUAAAGUUUCAGUAAUUCAAAGAAUGUUUCUCGUCUAAAAAGUUAUCUGAAACUUUACAAUGAAAUCCCUCCUUUAGUCAGUAGACUGAUGAUCUACUAACUAAAGAGUGAGUAGGCUAUCUAUUGUUUGUACUGCUACCACCAAACUUCAUUCAGUGUUAAUCUGAAUAUUUUAACAAUAACUUCUGUUGUUUACAUUUUCAGUUAAAGGCCUUAGAAUAAUGAAAUGCUGUAGAGAAACAAAACUACCAGAGCAGCAGAUUCAACAGAACUGCUUCAGUGUGUGAAGUGUGUUUGGUUUUAAGUGUUUACAGCUAUUUUAAUUUGUAAAAAUGUUGAUAUAUAUUUAUUUUCUUAGCUGACUGUAUAUGUUUUUGUAAAAUAAAUUUUUAGUUUUUUUUAAA